AUGCUAAUAGCAAACCUUCUCAUUGAGGAAGGUGCUGACAUUAACUCUACCGACAAUGAUGGAAACACGCCAUUGUUAUUGUCCUGUAAAUAUGAAGACAUUGCUAUAGGUAUCUUACUGAUAAAUAAAGGUUGUGAUAUACAUAAAUCUGACAAUGAUGGAAUGACACCUCUAAUGAAUGCUUGUCGUCGACGACGUUUGCCGAUUAGAGAUCGUCUAAUUAACGAAGGUGCUGACAUUGACAUUCCCGACAAUAAUGGAAACACGCCAUUAUCAUUUUGCUGUGAAAAUGAUAACCUUUUUCAUGCGAACAUUCUUUUAAACUUAGGAUGUGAAAUAAAUAAACCUAACAAUGAUGGAAUGACACCUCUAAUGAAAGCUUCUCUGCUUGGACAUCUGCGAAUAGUAGCACGUCUUAUCGAGGGAUCUGCGGAAAAUUAUAUUACCGACAAAAAUAGAGAAACAUCACUUACAUUGGCCUCGAAAGGUGGUUUCAAUGAUAUAGUUAACCUACUGUUACAAACAGUUUCUAAUGAACAUUAA